UAACAGCACUGUAUCAGUCCUCCUUUCUGUUUUCAUGGCAUUCUAGAAUGAGCGGUGCGGAGUAGUGUUGUCUUUUGGAGUAGAAUCUUUGUUUUAGAAUUAUGAGUUAUAAAUUCCUGUAGUCAUGGAAAACCUGGAAAUAUCAGGGAUAGUGAAACAUCAGGUAAAUGAAUAAAAUCUUACAAGUAAUGAAAAAUAUACAUAUUUCUGUAUAAUGAAUAGGCUAUACUAUUAUUCAAUUAGGCCUAAAUGGAUAUUUUUGUUGGCUAAUACCCUCUUGCUAAUGAUCUUUGUGAGCAAAUUUUGGUCAAACCGAUUCACAGAUGAUGUCUGAAUGAUUCACUCAUUGUUUUAAUCCUUGUCCUUUAAAACGUGAUAAUUCGAACACUUAUCUAUAAAUGCGAUAUCAGACUGAAUAUGCUCGUGUGAUAUAUAUCGCUUAUAUUGUGUUCCACUCAACACUUGUAUGUACGCGCAGAUUUGGACGUAUAAGCUACAUUACGCCAUAAUAAUAACAACAUAAAGCAAUUUAUCAAAGAGGUGCAUGCACCUGUCCCCCUGAAGUGUUUGAUGCUCGUUCUUUUUAAUAUCGUCAUUCAGUGGCACAGGCAUGAAAAAGUCAAUCCCGCCAAGACAUCCAUCUCUCGCCGCGUGCAUGACCUUGCUAAUACCCAAUUCGCAUCUCAGGUUUAAUCUUAUCAACUGUAAACAUAAAGCGGUUUUCACACGAGGGCGGUGUUCAUCUCGGUGAUGACGUCACGAGGCAGGUCUCGCUCGAGCCCACCAAUGAGACGAGGCAGCUCGGUUCUUUUGGGGCACAUCGCAAUGAAUGGGUGGCGGUGCUUUACAAGGCAAAGGAGCGACCACAACAAGACGCGGAUAUUGAGGGGAUGCGGCAUCGGCACGCGGGAGCUGUCCACCAGCAGCAGCACAGCAACGACGCGGCCGCUCGUGACAGUCAAAAGGAAGCAUCUCGUCCAGUCGCCCCGCUCUUUAGUCUGCCGCCCCCACCGCCAUCGAUAAAGGAGAGAUCCACCUCCUCACUUCACAGCCGACAUGCACAGUCCUGUCCGGACCGCGGCGCCAGGAACGGCGAGUGCCUGCCUUUGAGCGGCCACGGUGACCAUCAGCCGCAUCCGUGUCCAGGGGCCUCAUCUGCCUCUCAGUGCCAUUUGGAGGGGCUCUCGCAGAGCAGCCAUUCUCCUCAGCACAGAUCUUCCGUUUCCCCGCAGCCCUCCCCAUCCGAUCUGCCGCCGCCGCCUCAGCCUUCGCGCAUUUCUGAUACGCGGGAUACGCGCCAAAAGAGUGCUAAUUACAAACAAGACAUCGUACAGCGUCGCGUCGGGGAGGGGGGGCGUCGAGACCAAAACCAGUUGCUGCAGCAACCCUGUUAUAAUCAACAAAGGGACCCCUCCUUUGAGCCACUCUUGCCAAACUCUGGUCAAGGACAGAUAACUGCUCGCGAGGAAGCCGAGGAGGAGAGGCAAUUAAUUGAGCCUCAGGCUCAGUUACUGUUGGGCAGCAGCUUGCCCAUCAACUACUGCAUCGGCGGAUCGGGGCAAGUGUGCAGAAACAAGCAGGCGCCGCUGUUGCAGCAUCAGCAUCAGCAUCAGCAGAGUGACAGAGACAGCAGCAGCGGCGGCGGCAGCAGCAGCAGAUACCAGGAGGGGAAAACCGCACUCUGUCAGCCGUAUCGAUGCGAGCGAGGGCUAGAGAGGAACUCGUCGGUGUCGAGUAGUGAAAACAGCAGCCCCCCGUACGGCUCCAGCAGUCAACUGUGGCCAGAGCCCCACGACAGGGAGGACAGGAAAAAUCGCGUAGGCAAACACAAGGCACAUGCUGAGCGAACAAAGCUGAGCCAUGCUGGAUCCAAGCCCUCCCUCUCCGAGAGCAGUCACUCACUCCCUCAGAUAGCCAUGAACAGCUGCAAGUACAAUGGAGGAGUGGUAAGACCACUGGGCAGCCUGGCGGCGUCACGACGCAACCUAGCAGAGCAUGACUCUGAGACCCAGCCGCUCCAGACUCUUCACAGCUCCGGCCUGGAAGUGGUCGUCUCUAAGGGCGGUGGCGAGGACCCCAGCAAGGCGUCCAAUGAGAGCCUGGUCCGAGAGAGUGGCAACGCACCACAGAAAAAAAAUAAAGAUAUUGGCUACAAGUUGGGCCACAGGAGGGCACUUUUUGAGAAGCGCAAGCGGCUUAGUGACUAUGCCCUGAUAUUCGGUAUGUUUGGGAUCGUUGUCAUGGUAACAGAGACUGAACUGUCCUGGGGGGUUUACACUAAGGAAUCUUCAUAUUCAUUUGCACUGAAAUGCCUUAUCAGCCUUUCCACUGUUAUUUUGCUUGGUCUUAUAAUAAUGUACCACGCUCGGGAAAUACAGCUGUUCAUGGUGGACAAUGGGGCGGAUGACUGGAGGAUAGCCAUGACGUAUGAGCGCAUCUUCUUCAUUGUCCUGGAGCUGCUGGUGUGUGCCAUUCACCCAAUCCCGGGCCAGUACGUGUUCACGUGGACGGCCAGGCUGGCUUUCACCUACGUGCCCUCCGUGGCCGAUGCCGACGUAGACAUCAUCCUUUCCAUCCCCAUGUUCCUCCGCCUCUACCUGAUUGGCCGGGUCAUGCUCCUUCACAGCAAGCUCUUCACCGACGCAUCCUCACGCAGUAUAGGUGCCCUCAACAAGAUCAACUUCAACACGCGCUUCGUCAUGAAGACCCUCAUGACCAUCUGCCCGGGCACCGUGCUCCUGGUCUUCAGCAUUUCCUCCUGGAUCAUCGCGGCCUGGACCGUUCGGGUCUGUGAGAGGUAUCAUGACAAACAGGAAGUCACUAGUAACUUUCUUGGAGCUAUGUGGCUAAUUUCCAUAACUUUCCUAUCAAUUGGCUAUGGAGAUAUGGUCCCUCAUACAUACUGUGGGAAAGGGGUCUGUCUGCUCACAGGAAUCAUGGGAGCUGGUUGCACUGCACUUGUAGUUGCAGUGGUUGCCAGAAAGUUAGAAUUGACAAAGGCUGAGAAACACGUCCACAAUUUCAUGAUGGACACCCAACUUUGUAAACGAGUAAAGAACACAGCUGCCAAUGUACUCAGGGAAACAUGGCUCAUCUACAAACACACCAAGUUAGUGAAGAAGAUAGAUCAUGCCAAAGUGCGCAAACAUCAGCGCAAGUUCUUGCAGGCCAUUCACCAGAACUGUUUUAUAUUUUGAAUUAGAAGGGGCAGGUAUUUGGUAAUCCAUUUCCCAAAAUCACUGAUCCCCAUAUUGUAUCACGAGUCCUUGUCAAUCAAGUGUCGAAGAGAUUAGCAACGAGUUCUGAACUUUUGAGGAGAAUCAGUCGGCAUGUUAUUCUUUGUAAUGUGAUGAUUGUCCUUCUCCCCUCUCCUUCCCGAACCCUUACCUUGUGGUUAUGAUUAGUGCAGUGUAAUGGCUCACAUGUUGUGUAUAUGUUGUGGUUUCUAAACUUGAACUGUGUUUUGUCUUCGUUCUGCUCUAUCACUGCAGAGCUCAGAAGUAAGUUUUGUCCUCUGUGUUCUUCUCCCUACAUCCCCCUGUCUCUGUUUCAUAUGCAUGGAGUUGGAAGCUGAAUGCCGAUUUUGGUUACCUAUAUUGCUUCUCUCCAUUCUAAGUCUAGAAUGAAAAAGAUGCAACAUUACUUAAUGCUGUAUGGUUUUAUGUAACCUUCUGAAGGAGAAGCAUCUUUGGAACAGUUGAUUUGUUCAUUUGCACCGAAUCCAUUAUUCAAAAGUAAAUCUCUGUAUUAACUUGCAUUGAUAGCCCCACCUUGUGUGUCCAGAGGAAAAAUAAGCUCAGUAUGUUGGACAAGAUGUUCAGGACAUUCAUAAUAAACACACUUGGCUUUCAUUAAAUAGUCUUGCAAUUAACCUCUAUUAAAACAUGUAUUCAGCUGAUGCCGUGUUCCCUUCGACAUUUUGGGUCAUCCAGGGCUUUGAUGCAAGAUGAUAUGGAGUUUUUGCAUUAGAAAGAAUGCUGACCAUGUCCUGCAUCUCCAGAUUUUUAUUUUUGGGUACUCCAAAAUAAAUCCAUUAAGCUUGAAAAGAAAAAGAAAAAUGCUCAAUUUUUCAAAAAUCUUGGCAUUUGCUGACAAAUGUCAAAUCGGAGCGGAGCGGAGCACUCGCAUUCUUUUAAUUACGACACUUAACAGGCAGGAUAUUAAGGCAGCCUUUCUUACAAUGUCUCCUCAUGGUCAGAGUCAUCCCUGUACUCUUUCAUAGUUGCUAUGGCACAAAUAAAAAAAAUUCAUUAACACAUUCUUUUAAAAUUUUGUUCAGAACCAAGCCCACAGCAAGCAAUGCCAUUCUCACAAGCAUUUUCAGCGGUGUCACAUAUACCUCUACCUCAGCUGUUUGCCACUUCCUUUGACCUCAUCCACAAACGAGGCUCUCGGAUGGCUUUUUUUGUGAAUGGUUGACGCGUGCCUGCAGGGGCAAAAGGAGAUGUGUCAUGUUUGAACGUUAAGUUAAGAGUUUUCUCUUCUUUACAUUUCAUAGAUUGGGUUUGCAUGUCUGGUAUGGC